AUGGCGGCGUUGACCACGGUGAACCAGCUGAGCCUGGAGUAUCCCUUCGAAGAACUCCAGCAGGCCACGCACGAUUUCUGCGGCAACCUGCGGCUAGGCUACGGAUCCUUUGGCGGAGUCUUUCGAGGCAUCCAAAAGGAUGGCACAGAGGUGGCCAUUAAGGUCCUAGACGUGGGCGAUGAAGGCGGCUUCGAGGAGGAGGUGCGCGUCCUGAGCAAGUUCCGACAUCCAAACUUGGUGAUUCUGAUGGGCUUUGCCCGCCAUGGGCCCCAGCGGUUCCUCGUCUACGAGCAUCUAGCGGGUGGCGAUGUCUUCCGACGGCUCCAGCGGUGUGCCCAAGACAACGUACCCUUCACUUGGCGAGAACGUCUCAGCGUGGCCUUCGAUGCGUCCUGCGGGCUCUCGCAUCUCCACAACGCGUCGCCGAAGGUCUUUCAUCGGGACAUCAAGUGUCCCAACAUCUUGUUGGAUCGCAACGGCACUGCCAAGAUUGCCGACUUCGGCUUGGCUUGCUGCUCUCACUACAAGGAGCAGAAGGUCCAGCAGGCCGCCGGGACGGUGGGCUACGCCUGUCCGCACUACGUCAACAAGGGGGUGGUGACAGAGGGCAGUGAGGUUUACUCUUUCGGCAUUGUGCUGCUGGAGCUCCUGACCGCGGCACAGCCGGCCUACCAACUGCCGACACAGGCUGCCGAUGGCGGUCCGCAGUACUGCUUCUUGGUCAGCCAGAUCGGCAACGACGCGCGCGUGGCCGUGCAGAUGGCCGACGCCAAGGCGAAGUUCCCUGGGAACAUCGCCAUGAGCUUCGCAGCGCUCGGGCUCCGCUGCACGGAUUACACGGAGGAGUGCCGUCCGCUUUUUCGGGAGGUCGUGACGAAGCUGAGGGGCCUCUUGAACACUCCGGAGGCCCCUGCGGCCCCUGCGCCACCACGCCUGCACGCCGCCCAAGCCGCCCAAGCCGCCCAAGCCGCCCACGCGGCACAGGCUCAGAGCCUGGAGCCCCAGCUUCAGGGCUACCAGAGCCCUCUGGAGCCGCCAGGCUUUCAAGACCUCCGCGGCUACCAGCGCCCACAGGCCCCACAGGCCCCCCUGCAGGCCUUUCAGCCCCCCCAGCUUCAAGGCCUCGACACGCUUCCGGGCUUCCAUCCGGGCUAUCCCUCGGAGGAUGAAAGGCGGCUGCCCUCGGUACACCGCCAAGUUUCUAUGCAGGAGCGCUUCCAAGGCAAUUCGGUGCAAGUGAAUUUGCUCAGCGGGCCCCCGAGCCCUGCUAGCCUUCAUCUCACGCCUGGCUCUGGCGGGCGACCUUUUGGUCCUCUGGGCCCAGGCCCCGGAGGGCUCUUCCAAGCGCCCAGCCCCAGCCGGGCCUUGCUCUGGAGCCUGGAGUGCGUGAAGUCGGAGUGCAGCUCCGAUCUUUCUGCCAAGCCCAAGGACCAAAGAGUCCUGACACACUGGAGAGACAUGCUCCCGGACGUGGCCCAUGCCUUGCCCCACUAUCGUUUCGGUCGUUUGUUUCAGAACGACUUCUGCCGGCUCAUGCUUCCAAACGAUCACUUCUUCUCGCAAGUGUCACGGGAGCACUUCCAGAUCUGGGCUCAGGAGUGGCCGGAUCUGGGCUUCGACUUCAAGGGCAAACAGCCUUGCUCCUUUUUCCUUACGAACUUCGGCACCGUUGGGACCGUGGUGGACGGUCAGAUGCUCGACACGAAGGGUCAGCAGGCCGCCCUGCACCACGGCAGUCGCAUCGCCCUGCUCCGGAAUGCAACGGACAACGGGCGGGAAUCAAAGGUGGAAUUCCUGGAGUUUAUCUUCAGUCUGGAAGGGUCUGUCCUGGAGGAUGCAGAUGAAAUCUACGAGGCCGUGCCAGGUUCUCGGAGGAGUUUCGACGCACCUUCCACGCCUCUUCUCGGAGGCGCCUGUCCUUCGACGGAGACGGAGAGGUGUGGCGACGCCGUGCAAGGCGGCGUGUCCUUUGCAGGCACCGAUGUGGAACCAGUCUUCGUCCUCGAGUUGGGCGGCACUGCUCUUCGUGCCGGUGUGCCGCGGGAGAACUUCCGCGUGCUCCACGGGCCUUCGGCCUCAGCCAUCGCCUCGGCGCCCACCUGCGAGGUGCCGUGCCCGGCCCUGACCUUGGGCAGCCGACUCCAACCAGGCUUCUGGAAGAGGAUCCUGACGGAUGAUGCGAGGGGGCUCUUGGCAGAGCAGCACUUGCGGAUCGAGGUGGAAGAGAGCCUCGAGGGUCCGGAGCAAAAACGCUUCUACUUGAGGAAUCUCAGCGAGCUGUCUCUCAAAGUGGAGGGAGCGCCGGAGGGGCAUGACAGCACGCGCCUGCCAGACGAGGACGGGCGAUGGCAGCUGCACGACGGAGACAGCGUCCUCCUGAACCUGUGCAAGGGUAGCUCCAUGUGGAUGUGUUUCCGGGAGUUCGCCGCCAAGGCUCAGCCGAUCUGA